GUGCCAUGGAGAUCCGCGUCCCGGAGGAACCCGUGGUGGCCCUGUUUGGCCAGGAUGCCACCUUGCUCUGCUCCUUCCCCCCCGAGGCCAACUUCAGCGUGGGCGAGCUGAGCCUGAUCUGGCAGCUGACGGACACCAAGCGCCUGGUGCACGGCUUCUCCGGGGGCCGCGACCUCCUGCAGGACCAGGGCCGGGCCUUCGCCAACCGCACGGCGCUCUUCUACGACCAGCUGGCCCUGGGCAACGCGUCCCUGCUGCUGCGCCGCGUGCGCGUGGCCGACGAGGGCAGCUUCACCUGCUUCGUGCGCGUGCGCGACUACGCCAGCGCCGCCCUGACGCUGCAGGUGGCGGGUGAGCAUCCCCGGGGGCACCCCUGGCACCUCGGGGAG